GAGCUUUUGGCGAAUUGGGAUGCGGCAAAAAUGUUGUAACGACGAACAAUCAAGUUUUAAGGAUUUCGGGUUUGAAAAAUCUCAAAAAAGUUUCUUGUGGGCUACGUCAUUGCUUAGGGCUGACCAACGAUGGAAUCUGUUAUGGAUGGGGGAAUAACAAGUUUGGCCAGUUGGGACUUGUUAGAAAGAAACUGGAAGACGAGGAGGAUGAUAAAGAUGGCGGUGGUUUGAUUAGAAAGAGAAAGAAAGAUGAUAAUUGUUUCUUUGAGCCCGUUGUAAUAAAUAUUGAGAUGGAUGAAAGGAUCAAGGAUGUUGCAUGCGGACAGCAUCACACCAUCGUCUUAACUCAAAAGGGAGAACUGUACACCUUCGGUCUCAACAAGUAUGGUCAACUUGGACGUGCGUCACCUUUGAGAAUCCAAAGUUGCGAGAUUCCAAGAAAAGUUCUUAACCUUCCCGGGAAGGUUGACAGAAUAUCUUGUGGAUGGAAUACCACCAUGGCACUUUGCAAAGAUAAUAAGCUGUUUGUCUGGGGCCGUAAUGAUCAUGGACAAUUGGGAAUGACAUUUGUAGAUAGUGAGCCAAUUGCCGCAAGUGAGGAUGGGUGGGUUCACGAACCAAUUCUCCUACGUUUUCUUCCACAACCUCUUCCUUCCAUUCCGGAAAGCUCAGAAGUCAAAAGUUUUGUUAGUGGAUCAGAACAUUUUCUGAUUGUAACGACAAAAGGCGAAUGUUACGCUUGGGGUUGGAAUGAACACGGGAAUUGCGGUACGGGAGAUAAUCUCGAUCAAUGGAAUCCAAUUCGUGUUAAAGGGUUAAACGAACAUUUUGUUGUAAAGGGAGUCGGUGCAGGAUGUGGAAAUUCCUGGAUUUGGGUUGGUCACGAAUAA